AAUACUCAGUAGCAUUGUUAUGAUUGAUCUGGUGUAUUUCACCGAAGAAGGAGAUAGUCUCUGUGGCUCUUCUAUUGAACAUAGUUGAACAUUUUAUGUUACUCUAAUAAUGUUUCUAUUUCUAAUAUAGUAACGGGAGCACGCUCAUUAUUGUAUUGCUCAUUGCUAAAGAAGAUUACAAAAAAUGUACUGUGUCGGUAAUUAAUAACCUAUUCUAAUUUUUAGUGUAUCUCGAUCAAUGGCUCCCUUUUAUUUCGUACGUAAAUACCGCUGUGUAUAAUUUGUUUUCUUGAAAAUGGUCAUGGUAUGGUACGUACAUUAAAUGCACAAAAUGUUCUAAUAAGGAAUUUACGACGAUUGCGGCGCAGACUUGCCAGAUAAGUACCGACAUCGCUUUGACAGCAUGCUCGAUUCCGUGAAGUGGUAUUUCUUUUCUCAAUCGUUUACAUGGGAAUCCUAUCUCUAUGCAUCAUUUCUAUAUAUCAGACUCUUACAUUGGAUUAUGUCAUGUCAAUACUCUAUGAUAUUUGAAAUGGUAAAUAAGCAACGUAAAAAUGUCAUCAAAAAAUGUGAUGGAAUGGACAACCUGCGAUGUCAAAGCAUGGCUGAUAGAGAAUAAUCAAAUGGAAUAUGCGGACUUAUUUUGCAUGCACGAAAUCGAUGGAAAAGCAUUAUUGACGUUAAAAGAAGAAGACUUGAAGUCUGAUAUUAUGAACAUAAAAAAAAUUGGCGCCAUAAAAAGAUUAUAUCUGGCUAUAAAGCAACUACAAAGAGAUAACGUUGCUGCUUUAUUUGAUCUGGGAUACAUGGAUUUAUUUCCUUCAUCAAACUUUUAUACUCAUCAAAAUAAGCCUGAGAUGCCUAGUUCUAGUACAAAUAACGAAGCAUCUUUAGAGCACGAGUUCUAUUCGGCUUCUGUGUCGGAGGAUGGACAUGCCUCUCAUUUACCACCUGAGAUCUGGAAAACGGUUAUUAGUUUGGGAUAUUUGUUUAUUGUCACGUGGAUAACUGCUUUCGUAAUGGUUAUUGUUCAUGAUAGAGUACCUGAUAUGAAGAAGUAUCCUCCAUUACCAGACAUAUUUUUAGAUAAUGUACCUCAUAUUCCUUGGGCAUUCGACAUGUGUGAGGUUACUGGAACUUUGCUUUUUGCGAUAUGGCUUGUUGUGCUUAUUUUUCACAAGUACAGAUUUAUUUUACUGCGGAGGUUUUUCGCAUUAUCUGGUACAGUCUUCCUGUUAAGGUGCGUAACAAUGCUUAUCACUUCAUUAUCAGUACCGGGUGCACAUUUGCAAUGUCAACCACGAAAGGUUCCAGAUGAAGUUUGGACAAGUUCCCCUUAUGUCGAGUUAUAUAACAAAAUAGCAAUGGCUUAUGUUAUUUGGCGUGGUGCCGGUAUGUCCAUUCAAGGUGUUAGAACUUGUGGGGAUUACAUGUUUAGUGGACACACAGUAGCAUUGACUAUGCUAAAUUUUUUCAUCACGGAAUAUACCCCGAGACAUCUAUAUUUUUUACAUACUUUCACAUGGAUGCUUAACAUGUUUGGUAUCUUCUUCAUCUUGGCAGCACACGAGCAUUAUUCCAUUGACGUUUUCGUAGCAUUUUACAUAACUUCACGAUUAUUCCUUUAUUAUCACACAUUGGCGAAUAAUCAGGCACUGAUGCAACGCGACUCAAUUAGAACCAGAAUCUGGUUUCCAUUAUUUAGUUUUUUCGAAGCGUCGGUCGAUGGUAUUGUUCCUAACGAAUACGAGUCCCCUUCUUUGAUAGUUUACAAUUUAGUAGAUACGGGAAAAAAUAUCUCGCAUUGUAUACGAUCUUGGAUUUGCUUCCGAAAGAAACAGCGCAACGUAAACGGUAACUUAAGCGACACAAAGAAAGAACUUUAACCAAAAUUCAUAACCAAAAUGAAGCACUUUUGUAUAUUCUAUUUGUUAUUUUUGUAUUUUUGAAAAAAUAUGUGCAUUAAUUUAGAAUUUCCUCCUGUAGAUGUUAUAGAUAUAAUGUAUAACUGCGCGCGUGUGUACGUGUUUUGCGUCCUCAUUAGCGUUAACAUAUUAACAUUUGAAGCAUUUAUUUUUGUUUAAUUCAUAUCAUACUAUGUUAUAAUAUGAAUUAUAUAUUCAUAUUUAUAUAUUCAUAUCAUAAUAUAUGAUGUGAAAAACGAGUGAAAUUAUUUAUUAUGGUGUGGCUAUUUAUCGUAUUUAAUUUUUACAAUUACCCUGGUAAUGCUCAAUUUUUAAAAAGUUUCUAAACAGAUGGAACUUUAUGUAAUAUCUUUUUCUAAAAGUUUUAUUCAGCGUGCUGUCUUCGUAUCAUCCAAUACAAUACUUAAAUUUUUUGUAAUUACGCUUAAUGAACUUUUCAUAUUUCUACUCUCAUCUUCUUUUUAUAGAGCAGAAAAAAUUUUACAUGACAAGUUAUAUAAAAUUAUGUAAUGCAAUAAUAACUAUAAUAACACAACUAUCAUCAUACAUUGCAAUAACUUGGAAGCUCUAAAGACUUUAUCAUAUAUAUUUAAUUCUUGGUAUGGGAAGAGAAGGAGAGAGAGCAGGGGACCAAGUUAAUAUUUUAGAACUUUCGAGUCUCAUCUGCAUCUGUGAAAGUACAUUAUAUAUUUUACUAAUAAUGGAAUAUAAUAUUCAUGAAAGAGAACGGAAGAAAGGAGGAGAGAAGAAGAAAAGAAUACAAUAGCUGGUGUGUCACAUGGAUCGAUAUUAAAAGAUCGAUUCUAUGGAACGUGAGCAUAAUGCAUGCAUGCGUGAGCGACGGAGAGGACAAGAAGGGAGUGUUGUAACAUUGCACUUAUCAAGUGUUUAAAAAAAUAUUAUAAUUUAAAAUAAUUGAUAUUUGUAAACUAUUACAUAAAAGGCUGAAAACACUAUAAGUUAUCAUAACUUAAUAUUAGCUCAUGCAUCAUACUUAUAUAAAAUACGAUUGUAUAAAUAUGCCAUUUACACGAAAAGCCAAUGAUUGUUUUUUUAUAUUUUGUCCAUACAUAUUUUUUACCUAUAUGAUAAUCUUCAUGUUAUAAGUUAGGAUAAUAGUAAUAAUUAUUUGUAACAUGUUAAUAUUGUUUAUAACAUUGUUAUGUUAUGGUUUAGUAUUUUAUAUGUAUUCUUCCAAAAAUAACACUGGAGUUAUUACUCCCGUUAAUGUUGACCAAGUGGUUUGAAUAUUAUUAAUCUUUGAACAUCAAGCAUUAAUUUAUAAAUGAUUGCAAAAUGACACGUUUAUGUGAAAUAAAACGUAUUAAUAUUUUAUAAUACAA